GAAUUUGCAACUGUAUUGAAAUGUUGGUUGAGACCGAAGAGGUUGAGGAACAAGAACAGGACACAGCCAAGACCAUUUCCUCUCCCGUUGAGGCAACAGCCGGCUUCAGCUCUACUGUUAAGACUACUUUGCUGAGCUUGAGAGCCCGUUGGGGCGACUUGCAGGUUAUUGUUCACAACCAAGCGAGUAGAGCAUGCCAGCCUUCUUCUAGAUAAAGCCUAUUGCAU